AUGAUUGCAACGCUAAUAAUCUUAGUCUGCGUCCCAAAGCCCUCGCUUUGGGAGCACCUGAUUGCUAUCUUAAUUGUUGCGCCAUCUCGCCACCUGGUUUGCCGCAUUGUGGUGAACCAGGCGCAAGGUCCAGAUUCCUUCCUUUGUCUGUAUUGCCCUGCUGGCGUGCCCGGGCAAGGAUGCUACCCGGGUCAUGCCGCGUGUGGUCUCGUGAGCUUCACCAACAACACGAGGAAAGGGCUGAUCCGGUUCAAGCAGUUCCGAGUUCGACAACAAAAGAACAACAUCUUGCGGCGAACUUCCCAGCCUUUAUACGAGGCCCUGUGUCGUAAAUUACGAAGCGACCUGCGAGUCGAUUUUUAA